AUGACAUCUCAAAAGCUCUCUCGCGCUGCUGCGCCUCUUGCCGUAGCCGACGUCACGGCUCGCGGGACUCAAUUCCUCAGCGACAUCACCAAUCGCAUGCGCCACUUGACGCUCUCCAAGGGCGAUCCGACAGAGGCUCUCAUGAACCCGGACGCGGCCAUCGCCUGCCCGCACCUCUUCAACACGACCAUCCCGCAGGAAGGCAGCCCCGUCACGCACCAGAAAGCCAGCGGCCGGUGCUGGCUCUUUGCCGCGACCAACGUGCUGCGCGUGCCCAUCAUGAGGCGCUUCCACCUCGAGUCGUUUGAGCUGUCGCAGCAGUACCUGUACUACUACGACAAGCUGGAGACGGCCAACCAUGUGCUCGAGCAGGUCAUCGACACGAGCGACCGCGACAUCGACGACCGCCUGGUGCAGCGGUUGCUGCUGGACCCCGUGGAGGAUGGCGGCCAGUGGGACAUGUUCUGCAACCUUGUAGAGAAGUACGGCGUCGUGCCGCAGUGCCUGUACCCGGACACGUGGAGCGCGCAGAAUGCCCGGCUGAUGCGCACGGUGCUGGCGACCAAGAUUCGCGAGUUUGCGCUGGUUCUUCGCGCGCUGGCCAAGACGGGCGAUGCUGAUGCUGUCGAUGCGAAGAAGACGGAGCAGAUGGGCCAGAUCCAGGACAUUCUCACGACGCUGCUCGGAGCGCCGCCGAGGGCAGACGAGGAGUUUGUGUGGCAGUUUGCGGACAAGGACAAGAAGAUGGGAGAGCACCGCAGCACCCCGCUGGCGUUUGCGGAGCAGUUUACGGGCAGAGGAAGCGAGUGCGACCUGCAGAGCCUCACGUCCGUUGUGCAUGAUCCGCGGAAUCCAGUCAACACGCGCCUCACGAUUGACCGUCUCGGCAACGUCGUCGGCGGCCGCAGCGCGACCUACAUCAACGUGGACAUGGCCGCGCUCAAGACGGCCUGCGUCGAGAUGCUCAAGGCCGGGCGGCCCGUCUUCUUUGGCUGCGACUUUGGCAAGUUCCGCCACCGCGGCGAGGGCGUCAUGGACCUGGCCGUGUUUGACUACGCCGCCGGCCUCGGCACCACCCUGCUGGAGCAGAGCAAGGCGGACCGCCUGCGCGCGGGGGAGUCGCUCAUGACGCACGCCAUGGUGCUCACGGGCGUGCAUGUGGAAGCGGGCAGGCCGGUGCGCUGGAGGGUGCAGAACAGCCACGGGACGGAGCACGGGGACAAGGGGUACCUGGUCAUGACGGAUGCGUGGGCGGAUGAGUUUUUGUACCAGGCGGUGGUGGAUGCGGAGUUUCUGGGGGAGGAUGUGAGGAAGGCGCUGGAGAGCGAGCCGGUGGUGCUGCCGCUGUGGGAUCCGUUGGGUUCGUUGGCAUGA